GGCGGAUCCUGACCGACUACGUUCCCGCCAGAUAUUUAAGUUUCGUUUCCAGCGGUCACUGAGAGUUCCUCUUCCCGCGGUCUUUCUUCGAAGUCGAUUUAUUCUUUCUGGGACCGAAGAGAGGUAGAUAUGGAAGAUCUGCGUAGAAGGACGACGGCGCCGCGCGCUAAGAAGCCGUCCGCGAAGCGCGCCCCGACGCAGCCCAGCCGGACCGGGGCCCAUACGGAAAGCUGCGGCCCGCAAAGGGGGGCUCGAUCGCGGCGGGCGGAGCGUGACGGGGACACCACGGAGAAGCCACGUGCCCCAGCGCCCGGAGCGCGUCCAGGAAGGGGCACUGUGCUCAUCAAAGAUGCACAGCCCUCGGCCGUGGACGCGGCAGGAGCCACCGCGCUGCCCGCCGUGCGGAUGCCCCAGCGGGAAGCCAUCCUCGAUCAGGAGCUGCCCGCCAUGCGUGAGCCCCAGCCGCCCGCGGACGCCGAGGCACCGAAUGUCGUAAGGAGACCUACCCACAGAAGGGGCGCGCGCUCCACCGGGCAGCCCAGAGCGCCGCGAGGGUCCAGGAAGGAGUCGGACAAGCUAAAGAAGGUGCUGGACAAAUUGAGAUUGAAACGCAAAGAUAUCUCGGAGGCGGCGGAGACGGUGAAUAAAGUCGUGGAACGCCUGCUGCGUAGAAUGCAGAAACGGGAGUCGGAGUUCAAAGGCGUGGAGCAGCUGAACACUGGCAGCUACUAUGAGCAUGUGAAGAUUUCUGCUCCUAAUGAAUUUGAUGUUAUGUUUAAACUGGAAGUCCCCAGAAUUGAGCUACAAGAAUAUUACGAAACAGGUGCUUUCUAUCUUGUGAAGUUCAAAAGAAUUCCGCGAGGAAAUCCGCUGAGUCAUUUUCUAGAAGGGGAAGUAUUAUCAGCUACGAAGAUGCUGUCAAAGUUUAGGAAAAUCAUUAAAGAAGAAGUUAAAGAAAUCAAAGAUAUAGAUGUCAGUGUGGAGAAGGAAAAACCAGGAAGCCCCGCUGUAACACUUCUUAUCAAAAAUCCUGAAGAAAUAUCUGUGGAUAUAAUUCUGGCUUUGGAAUCAAAAGGCAGCUGGCCUAUUAGUACCAAAGAAGGACUACCUAUUCAAGGCUGGCUUGGCACAAAAGUGAGGACCAAUCUAAGACGAGAGCCGUUUUAUCUUGUACCCAAGAAUGCAAAAGAUGGAAAUAGUUUUCAAGGAGAGACCUGGCGCCUCUCUUUCUCUCACACUGAAAAAUACAUUUUGAAUAAUCAUGGGAUAGAAAAAACAUGCUGUGAAUCUUCUGGAGCAAAAUGUUGCAGGAAAGAAUGUUUAAAAUUAAUGAAAUACCUUUUGGAACAGUUGAAGAAAGAGUUUCAAGAGCUGGAUGCAUUCUGUUCCUACCACGUGAAAACUGCCAUCUUUCACAUGUGGACCCAGGAUCCGCAGGACAGUCAGUGGAACCCCAGGAACCUAAACUCCUGCUUUGAUAAGUUUUUAACAUUCUUUCUUGAGUGCCUCAGGUCAGAGAAACUGGACCAUUAUUUUAUUCCAAAGUUCAAUCUAUUCUCUCAAGAACUAAUUGACCAAAAAAGUAAAGAAUUUCUGUCAAUGAAAAUUGAAUAUGAAAGGAACAAUGGGUUUCCAAUUUUUGACAAGCUUUGAAGCUAUGUAUUUGUGUUCUAUGUUAUAAUGUGUUUCUGUGGGGCUUUAGGUCAGAGGUGGAUGCCAGAUGUCUUCUUCAGUCAUGCUUCACUUUUGGGGGUGGUGGGAAGAGUGCUGAUUCCGAGACAUGGUUUCUCUGUGUAGUCCUGGCUGUCUUGUAACUCCCUCUGUAGACUAGGCUGGUCUUGAACAAAGAGAUCUGCCUGCCUCUGCCACUGGAAUACAGGGAUUAAAGGCCUGUGCCACCACUAGGUGGCACACUUCACUUUUUUUGAGAGAGGGUCUGGAGCUCAGGGAGGUGUCCAGGCUGAUUAGCCAGUGAACUCCUGGGAUCCAGCUGCCUCUGCUGCCCCAACCCCAGGAUGACAGAUGGACAUCACCUAUACAGCCUUUUAAAUUGUUGCUAGCGGUCUGAACUCAAGUCCUCACACUUGCAAAGCAAGCACUAUAGUGACUGAGCCAUCUUCCCAGCCUGAAAUUGCCUUUUGAAAUGAAAUUGGGCUAAAGUGACUGAAGUCCAUUGUGGUGGUAUAUGCCUGUAGUUUCAGCACUUGAGAAGUUGUCUUUCUUUGGGCUUUACUGCUAUGAACAGACACCAUGACCAAGGCAACUCUUAAAAGGGUCAGCAUUUAAUUGGGGCUGGUUUAUAGGUUCAGAGGUUUAGUCUGUUAUCAUCAUAGCAGGAAGCAUGGCAGCAUCCAGGAAGGCAUAGCACUGGAGAAGUCGCUGAGAGUUCUACAUCUUCAUCCAAAGGAAGC